AUAUAUUAUGUAAACUUUUAUAAUGUCAUGUACACUUUUAUAAUUUAUUUAAACAUUUGGGUUUCAAAAAAAACUACCCCAUGCUUAUAGUACUUGUAGUAUAUACUAAUACACUCAUUUAGUUUGGGUUUUGAAUUGCUUUACAUAUACUGAUAUACAUAAGGAAGUGAUAGAUGUUAUAUUUCGUAUAUAAAGAUGUUAUAUAUUAGUGUUUCCAGAUUUAUUUUACCUAGUUAAAAGUAUUUAAACAUUUGAUCUUUAAUUUAUUAUUAAAAAUGUUAAAUGUAUGAACAUUUCUAAAUUAAAUUUAGGAAAUAAAAAGUAUUUAUGUUAUGAUAAAAAGGUUUGAUAUAUAAAUUUUGAUUUUCAGUUUUUUACUAAAUACUUUGAACCUAUAAAAAAUAAUUCAUUGGUGAACUUUAAUAAAAAUAUCUAUUUGUAAAUAUUUGUAAAAUUAUUAUGCCCGGGGUAAAAUAUCUACUAUGUUAUUUGAAAAGUUAGUCACAAAUCAUUUUCACAUUUAAGGAUUUGGUUGUAACAAUUUCCAAUCCCAUGCAAAGAGAAAUUAAAACGGACUAAAUUAUAAAUAACCAUAAGCUAAAAGGCUAAAAAUUAUUAUAAUAGGUCCACGGGCAAAGGCGUAGUGUUAGGUAAAUUACAUGGGGUACAUUUAACAAUUAAACCAAUAAAGUAUCAAUAUGAAAUGUUAGUUUUGUUUCUGUCACAAUUACAAACUGAAAGUUUAUGAGAAAAGUAAUAUACUUAUUUUGUUUUUUUAAUGGAAAUUAGUGAUCGUACCCCAUUCGUGAUUACAGAAUAAUUCAUCGAUAGUAGAUAACUUCAUUCACAUCUUGUACAAAAUAGUUGGAUGAUAUUUUUAAAUUUAUAGCCUUAACACUUUCUAUAAGAAAUAGCAUCAUCUCAAGUAAACUUUUAUGAGAAAAUCUGGACUUUUUUAAAUGGGCUUGGUGACCGCUGUGUACUCAACAAACUCUAAGCCCUCAACUUCCCACUGCGCUUUCUGCUUCUUCAAGAUGUUUGUAACAGCCACCACAAGCAAAUGUUACUGUCAGACUGGUACAACAAAUAUCUUCAGAGUAUAUAUAUAAGCUCUCAUAGCUCCAAUAACCAGGAGUCAGGACUCAGGAACUUGCGCGCGUGGUUGAAGAUUCAACAUCAACAUUUACUUGUCGUGGUUGUUGCAAAGCUCUGCUGGAGGAGCAUCAUCGAGGUGUGAAGUAGAGAGCACAUCUUACCACUAUCCACUGGAUAUUACAGUGCUGGCAACGUCUCAAAUAUGAUAUGAACGUGUGCGUUUGAUUGAUGCUGGCGGCAAGUAAGUUUUUGCUGAUGACAAGUGACAGCAUGGAAAGAUGGAUUUAGCUUGUUGAUAAAAGCACACUGAAGUGUUGUAGAAGCAUUCAAUGACUUGAUUGAAGGAAAAGGAAACUUUAGAAACAUGUAUGCUUAAUUUGUUAUUUUUAAAGGUCUUCAUAUUACUUUUUUGUAUUUUUGGUUUACAAAGAAAACUAGAAAAGAUUAAAGUAGAGGAUGCAAGAAAAAGAAAAACAAAAGAAAACAAAAGCCUAUCUUCAAGAAACAUGUAUGCUUAUAGAAAUGAACUUUGAGAUUCUGUGAUAUCAUGUAGAAAUUAGUAUGAUUGAUUAUCUUACAUAAUCUUACACAUCACAUAUACAUGCAAAGUGAGAAUCGUGCCAAGAGUAAUUACAUCUAAUAAGUUAGUUCUUAUAAUUUUCGUCUGUACGUAAUUUGAUAUAUGGAAGUUGAUACAUUUGUAUGAUUGCUAAUUGUUCUAAUAAUACAUUUUGUGUGGUCAUUCAACCCACUUGGAUAUAAUAACCGAGCUCCUUUUUUAAAAGAGGUUCGAUUCAUAGUUCAAAAUUAUUGUGAUGGAUGCUCCAAAGGGAAAAAGGUUGGAAAGGUUGAUGGUGUAAAUUGGAGCAUGCAAGAAUGGUGCCCAAUUAUAUAUAUUCACAGCAUCUUCCCUAAUCCUCAACUAACUUUAUUUUGGUUUAAUAAUCUUCUCAUGCUUUAGUUAUUUUAGGAAACUCUUAUUGUUUUCUAGCACAAUUUGUGUAUUAUUAAAGAUGUUCUACUGCUUUGAUCUCUUUUCACCUGACUGUCUUGAAAACAAAUUUCAAUCAUGAUAAUUUUUCUAUUUAUUUUUCUACGUAUAUAGCUAGUUUUUUUUUUUUUGCCAAAUAAUCAAAUAUAUUUUUUUAUAAUAAGAUUAAAAUCACAUUAAUCCCAUUUUUAUUAUUAUUGGUCAAAAUUGUAGACUGUGGUUUAGACUGCACCACAAAUAACAACUGUGUAAGUACAUAUGUUUUGUUUGGAUCUCCAUAGAAAUAUGUAGAUUAGUGUGAGUAGAAACUUACAUAUUUGUGGUAGGGACGGUUUUUCUCUUUGAAAAUGUUAAGAAAUUUAUAUCAAAGAUAAGACAAUAUAUAAAAUAAGAUACGCCAAUCCAAUAUUAUGUGUAAAUUCAUAAAAUUAGCAUGAAGAGCAUUGGGUAUAUAAAAGAUGAUGUCCCUAAAUCUCACUAAAGGGUCAAUAGUAAUAUACAAACUACUUUUGUCUUCGGAAUUCCAACAUCGUGUAAGAGUUCCCCUUUGGCCUACAUAUGUGGUACCACAUCUACUUGAUUCUUCAUAUAUAUCUAUAUAUACACAAGGAGCAUGUCAUCCAUCAUCCUAGUAACUACAUCUUAUAAUUAACCCCACUAAUGAAAAAAAAUCUUUAUCGUAGAUAGAACUUUUCUACUAUUCUUUGUCUGACAAAAAUAUGUUAUGUUUAAAAUUGUUACAAUCCGGACCGCGAAAUCGGAUGGUCCCCAACCUUUGAUAGCUCAGCGUGAGAUUUGAAUAUUAGAGUUUAGUACCAUUUGGAAGCAUAUAUGCAUUUUGGUCCCCAUAAUCUUCGAUAUAUAAGUGGGUAAUUAGUACACAAACUUUCGGAAGUUGGUAAUGGUACACAGUUUUCACUAAAUAUAAAUAAAAGUGAGAAAAUAUUAUAUUUUAGUGGACCACAUUUGAAUGUGAACCCAUGAAAGGUCUACCGCGCUCAGAUUUUAGUACUAAUCUAGUACUAAAACGCAUUAACCCAAUUUAACGCAUUAUUAAUUUGCGAUGGACCACAUGUUAAUAAUAUGUAUACAGGACUAUAUAUAUAUAUAUGCACUUACACAAACUUAGACCAUAUGUACGUGUAUUGGAUUGUGCAUAUGUAUAUAUAUUAUCCCAUGCAUUUGUAUACAUUAUAUAAAACACUUGUCUAAGUAUACAUUUUAUGUCAAUUACCAUAUAGAACCCCUAUAGUUUGGCCUUCUAUGUGAUGGUCAAUCUUCUUAGAUUUUAUGUUCAAAGUAAGUUUCAUCGUUUUUCCUCGUAUGCAUUUGAAUUGGCCCUUGUAGAUGAUAUAAGCCAAAUUCUUAAGCCACUGGUGUACCUUAUAUGAAAAACAAUUUUAUAAACUGUAUAUAUCUUGUUUAUCAAAGUAGUUGUAAAUUUUACAAAAAAAAAAAAAGUUGUAAAUCAUUGCAUUACAAAAAUUUCAGUUUUUUAUAGAAAAGCUUAAUCUCUAAUUUAAAGAGAACAUUAAUUAGUGGGACGGAAAUAACUUGGGAUCAUUUAAGCGACUAGCAAAAUAACAUCGAUGGUUAGUUUACAAAGAAGGGAGAAAAUUGUUGGUUUCACACUUCUUUUAUCUGUACUAGAAGUGUAACUUCUUUUUAUAAUAAGUUUUAUUUUAUAGUACAUCUAAAUUAUUAGAACCGAGAAUUAUUAUUAGUCAAUGUGUCUGCUUUCACUUCCCCUAAUUGUAUCAUUUGGUACUUUUUUUUUCAUUUGCUUUUGCGUGUGUGACGAAUUUAUAUAGAGUAAGUUCACAUAAAUAGAAAUUUACAUAAAAACUUUUUGAGCAAUUUCUCAUCUUACUUUACUUUUCUUCUUUUUAAGAGAGAGAAACUAGGGUUUUUUCUUCUUCAUUUUUCUGGUCAAAGUUCCAAUUCUUUCAGCCCUGGCUUUGGUUUCUUGACGAAGAUUUUGAAGAAAUGGGAAGGGGAAGGGUUCAGCUACGGCGGAUCGAGAACAAGAUAAGGAGACAAGUGACAUUUUCAAAGAGAAGAACGGGUUUGGUGAAGAAAGCUCAAGAGAUCUCAGUGUUAUGUGAUGCUGAUGUUGCUUUGAUUGUCUUCUCCCCUAAAGGCAAGCUCUCUGAGUACUCUGCUGGUUCCAGCAUGGAGAGAAUUCUCGAACGGUAUGAGAGAUGUUCAUACGCCGGUCAAGAUAUUACUACACCAAGUUUGAAUUCACAGGGUGAGUGUUCAACAGAAUGUUCGAAGCUUUUGAGGAUGGUUGAUGUUAUGCAAAGAAGCCUAAGGCACUUAAAUGGAGAAGAGGUGGAUGCUCUAAGUAUCAGAGAGCUUCAGGAUCUGGAGAUGCAACUUGAUACUUCCCUCAAGAGAACUCGCUCUAGAAAGAACCAGCUCAUGGUAGAGUCCAUAGCACAGCUCAAGAAAAAGGAAAAGGAACUCAAAGAACUGAAGAAACAGCUAACAAAGAAGGCUGAUCCAAGAGAAGACUCUGAGCCCCAAACCCUCAACCAAGGAUUAGCCUCAUUGGCAACGCCACCAUGCGAGCCACCGCACCCGUUGCCCGGACCUUUAUCUCCCCAUCGUCCUCUAUCUCUUGGGGACACAUCGCAAAGGAACGAAGAUGGAAAAGUAGAUGCCGGAACCCUAAUUAGGGUGACAAAUACAACGUUGCCGCACUGGAUGCCCCGGCUCACUGGAGAAUAGAGGUCCCAAGUCCAUCUUGGGUUGUUAAAUUUUCAGUACGUACUUAAUAAGUUGAACCAAGCCAAAUAUCAGGAUAUUCUGUUUUGGCAUUCUUAUUAUCUGCAGAAGAUGUCCUCAAGUUUCAAACUUCUAAACGAAUAUUAUAACUUUUUUUUAUCUCAAAUGUGAUUCUGUAUAUUUUAUUAAUGAUUGUACCUUACAUUUUGUGAGCAACAUCCAGUAUUUUUUUUUUUUUUUGCAAAAAGCAACAUCCAGUAUUGUGGGUUUGACUUUGUUGUGUAGUGAACUAACACAAAAAUAACCGUUAUAUAUGCUAUAUAUGUCUUUGUUAAUAUUUUGUAAAUUCUUUUAUUUAUGUAAACACAACGGGAGAAACGAAAGAGAAAGCUAGCAGAGGUGAGCUUCAACGAUGAGUAGAAUUAUGAAUUAGAUUCUUUAAUUAGUGGAAACUUUUUUUAUCUAGUCGUUCAACCAAAAGUUUAUUAAUGCUUUGAUAUUAAGAAAUUACAAUAAGAAAUUUAGAUUUUCACUCUCAUAAAAAAUACUUUAUUAACAAUUAUGUAAAUAAAUAAACAGAAAAUUCAUACGAAAUUUGCAAAAUGGUGCAAAUAGAAUUAUCGAUAUUUUUAUAAAGCAUGUGAACAAAAACGUUAAACAUAAAACUUUCGUAAGGCAUAUAUAAGUUAACCGGAGAUUGUAAAACCGUGUAAAUAAAAC